AUGUUUUUCUGGUACUUUGAGAGUCGAGCUGAUCCAGAGACGGCGCCAUUGAUCAUUUGGCUGAAUGGUGGUCCUGGAGCAUCGUCCCUGCUUGGCGCUUUCCAUGAGCUGGUCGGCCCUUGUACUGUCAACGACGAUGGCCAAGGGACGACUCGCAAUGAACUUAGCUGGACUAACUUUGCGAAUGUCCUGUUUAUAGACCAACCCGUCGGCGUUGGAUUUUCUGCGACUGAGGACACCAACCUCUGGGCUGCGAGUCUGACUGAAGGAGGGGUCGAUUUCGACCAUUUCCUCGAAACGUUUUUGACCGAAUUCUUCCCGCAGCUCCAAGACCGGCAAAUUCACCUAGCGGGAGAGUCUUUUGGUGGUCGCUACUGUCCGGUAUACGCCUCUAUGAUAAAGAGGAAGUUGACCUCCGUCAUGCUCUUCAAUGCGUUGGUGGAUGAGCAUUGGAGGACUCUGGGCGCCUACCGUCAUCUCUGCCGCUCUAAAACCAUAUCGAAUCCUCUCAAUGACACAACCUGCGCUGAGAUGGAGGCUGCGUACCCAGCAUGCUACAAGUUUGGGCAGCUCUGCAGCGCAACAUACGAUGCAGACAUUUGCAGCAAGGCGUCGAAGAACUGUGCAGCUGUCUGGGAACCCUUCUAUCAGCAAGUCGUACCCGGUGGCCGUAACCCUUAUGAUGACAGAACCAAGUGCACAACGCCGCCCAUGUGUGGUCAUCUAGGAAUGGAACAAGUCGAAAAGUACAUGAACUCUGAAAACCUGCAAAGAGCGCUGGGCUUCGAGAGAGCGGUUAACUAUAGCGUGGUGAACAUGGAUCUGAACACGGAGUGGGCGACUCACCCUGAUAUGGUGAUCCCAUCCACACGCGAGCUAUCGAAUAUUCUCGACGACAAGGCGACACCAAUUCUGGUUGUUAACGGCAACAACGACGUCAUUGUCAGCACAGAGGGCAACAUUCUAGCCUUCGAUAACCUCGUGUGGAGCGGCCAAGCUAGAUUUCAGACGCAAAGAUUAACACCGUGGUAUUUCCUGGGUAAAGAUGGCACCAGGUCCCAUGGGGGAGAAGUCAAGAGCUUCAGCAGGCUGGCAUUUGCCAUGGUUGACAAUGCAGGGCAUAUGGCUCCUCGGGACCAGCCCCAAGGCGUCACCCAGCUUGUUAAGGCAUGGCUGGUGGGCUCACUAGACACCAUGAUGAAGGCGGGGGAUGAUAAAUCCCGACUUUAG